UUCUUUACAGAUGCUUAUUCAGCUUGUGCUGCUUUUACUCGUCUUUACCGGCGUGUGCAGUAACAAAGUGCUGGUACCCGAGAGUGUGAAAGCCGUGCUCGGCAAAAACGCCACUCUCAGCUGCAGGGUGGAGGUGGGCGCCAGUCUCAGUCUGACUCAAAGCUCCUGGGAGCGACGCUCGUCUGCGGGCACUGUCACCUUGGCGGUGUUUAACCCUGCCUUCGGAAUCUCGGUAUCUGAAGAGUAUGAGGGACGUGUCCAUUUUCUCAACCCCUCGGUGGAGGACGCGUCCAUAGUGCUGGAGGAAGUGGGAUUCGCAGAUAUCGGCUCCUACACCUGCAAGGCGGUUACCUUCCCGCUGGGCAACACGCAGGCCUCUACUAAUGUCGACGUCUUGGUCGAGCCAAAGGUGUACGUCUUCGAUUCUGGACCUCUUGUGGACGGAGCCGCCGAGAGUGUGGUGGCCACGUGUGCUGCUGAGAGGGCUCGUCCACCAGCUGAAGUCUUCUGGAAGGCAGAUGUUUAUGGCCGCACCCAACAAAGCAUAAAGAACGAGACAGACGGCACCACCACAGCCCAAGUGCAGUACAUCUGGGCACCGAGCAGCCAUGCCUUCAACCACGUUCUCACCUGUGUGGUGCGUCAUCCAGCGCUGGACAUGGACUUCCAAAUCCCUUAUGUGCUUAACGUACAGUUCGCUCCAGACAUCAUGGUGGUAGGUCAGGAUGAGGUUUGGUACGCGGGACAGAAGAACGCAAAGCUUGACUGCCGAGCCAAUGCCAAUCCUCCUCCUUAUCGCUUUCUCUGGACCAGGCUUGAUAUGAAGAUGCCUGAAGGAGUCGUGACCGCAAAUGGAACUCUGGUGUUCACCCGUCCUCUGCAGAAAAACGACUCUGGAACGUACAGAUGUGAGGUUCAGAACGACAUUAAAGUACACUUUCAGGAUGUGGAUAUCUGGGUACGAGACCCUCCACCCACCACUCCGUUCGCCAUCACCACUAACGCAGCCCUGCCCAGCUCAUCCAGCACGUCUUCCAGCCAGCUCCGUGCUCGCCUGUCCUCCCCGACGCUGACAUCCCUGCCCGACGGCACCGUGGGCACCGUGGUGGGCGGCGCUGUCGGUGGCAUCCUGAUCCUGGUUCUGCUCCUGGCUCUGGCUGCGCUCUGUUACCUCCGUCAGAGGCGCACGUUCCGCGGCGAUUACUACACCAAGCAGUACAUGGUGCCGUCGGACAUGCAGAGAGAUUCUCACGAGCUUCACAACGCCUUCGAGGACGAUUCAGCCACCAGCAGCCAGGACCUGAAACCUAAACCGGAAGCCGACGGAGACGUCAGCUACCACAGUUACACCAAAAACGAAGAGUGGGGGAGUUAUUACCCUGAAAACAAGAAGAUUAACACGAUCGCGCCUCUAAACGACGGCGGCCCGUACCAUCAGGACAACGACAUGGGCACAGAGUAUGUGUCUCAUGUGGACGGCUCUGUGAUCUCUCGCAGAGAAUGGUACGUGUAA